AUGCCCAAGCGCACGCUCUACCCCAUCCAGCACUAUGGCAGCGAGCUGAAGGAGUCGCGCAAGUCCUACGAGCCGGACAAGAUCUGGGGAGAACGGAAGCCGUUCCACGGGGACGAGGAGGCAUGGGAGCCGAGGGUCGACUCGGUGUUCAUCGAGCCGGAGGAGAAGAUUGAGAAAUGGGUGCAGUCCUGCUGCGUUCUUUGCUCGAACGGCUGCGCCAUGGAUGUCGGCGUGAAGGACGGCAAGAUCGUUGCGGUCAAGGGGAGGGAGCAGGACCGCGUCAACAAGGGUCGUUUGGGUCCGAAAGGAAUGUACGGUUGGGUCAGCAUGAACGCGGAGGACCGCCUCAAGUAUCCCAUGAUCCGCAACCCUGAGACGGGCCAGCUCGAGCGCGCUUCGUGGGACGACGCCCUCAACCUCAUGGUCAAGAAGUCGAAGGAGCUGUGCGAGAAGUACACGCCUCACUCGAUCGCCUUCUACACCUCCGGCCAGCUCUUCCUCGAAGAGUACCACUCGCUCGCCCUCAUUGGCAAGGCCGGCCUCGGAACCCUUCACAUGGACGGAAACACCCGUCUUUGCACCGCGACUGCUGCGGCCGCAAUGCGCGAGAGCUUUGGCUGCGACGGCCAGCCUGGCUCGUACACCGACUUUGACCACUGCGACACGCUCUUCAUGGUCGGGCACAACAUGGCCGCGACGCAGACCGUCCUGUGGUCCCGCAUCCUCGACCGCCUCGCUGGCCCCAACCCUCCCUUCCUCAUCGUCAUGGACCCGCGCCAGACCUCGGUCGGUCGCGCCGCGAUCGAGAACGGCGGGAUACACCUUCCUGUCAAGACGGGCACCAACUUGUGCUUGCUCAACGGCAUCCUGAAGGUCCUCCUCGAGAACGACGAGUUCCACGACAAGGAGUUCAUCGAGAAGCACACGAUCGGCAUCGACGCUCUCCGCAACACGGUCAAGGACUACGCCCUCGAGCGCGUCGCCGAGAUAACCGCCGUUCCGGCCGACAGCAUCAAGCGCGCUGCCGAAGCCAUCGGUCGCAGCAAGCGCCUCGUCAGCACCUGUCUUCAGGGCGUCUACCAAUCGAACCAGGCUACCGCAUCCGCAUGCGCCGUCAACAACAUCAACCUGAUCAAGGGCGCGAUCGGCCGCGAAGGCGCCAGCGUCUUCCAGUUCAACGGGCAGCCUACCGCUCAGAACAACCGCGAGUGCGGAUGCGAUGGCGAGUUCCCUGGUUUCCGGAACCCCUCGAACCCGGACCACAUGAAGGACUUGGCGAAGCAUUGGAACGUCGAUGUCAAUCAGAUACCGCACUGGGGACAGCCGACGCAUGUCAUGAGCCUGCUCAAGUUCAUCGAAAACGGCUCGAUCAAGAUGCUGUGGAUCUCGGGAACAAACCCGGCCGUUUCACUUCCCGACCUCGCCCGCAUCCGCCGCCUCUUCACGAGCAAAGACCUCUUCAUCGUCGCGCAAGACAUCUUCCCGACCGAGACGACAGCCCUCGCCGACGUCGUCCUUCCCGCGAGGCAGUGGUCGGAAAAGACCGGCUGCUUCACCAAUGUCGACCGUACCGUCCACAUCGCUUACAAAGCGGUCGACCCGCCUGGCGAAGCUUGGUCCGACCUCAAGAUCUUCUCCGAGUACGGUCGCAGGAUGGGCUUCAAGGACAAGGACGGCAACGACCUCAUCCCGUGGGUCGACGAGCCGGAGAAGGCGUUCGACCACUGGGCAAAGUCAACGAAGGUACGCAUCGUCUCUCGAGUCGAGCUUGAGAAGGCCAAGCUGAUCCUCCUCGCCAUCGCUCAGGGUCGCCCAGUCGACUACACCGGCUUGAGCCACGCCAAGCUCACCGGCGGCAGCGGCGUCCAAUGGCCUUGCAACGAGCUCAACCCGAACGGCACGGAGCGCCUGUACACCGACUACAAGUUCCCGACGACGCUUGACAUGGUCGAGUCCUACGGUCACGACCUGUUCACCGGGACCGUCAUCUCGCCGCAGGCGUACAAGGCGAUGAACCCGAACGGCCGCGCCAUCCUCAAGGCCUGCCACUACACGCCGCACAACGAGACGCCCGACAAGGAGUAUCCUUUCAGGCUCAGCACGGGCCGCAUCUACGCUCACUUCCACACUCGCACAAAGACCGGCAGGUCGAAGGAGCUCGAGGAUGCUGCGCCUGAGCCGUUCGUCCAGAUCUCGGAGGAGGACGCAAAGGAGCUCGGCAUCAAGCAAGGCGACAUGUGCCUCGUCGAGGCGAAGCGCGGCUCGAUCGAGGUGGCCGCCAAAGUCGGCGAGAUCGCAAAGGGCAACCUCUUUGUGCCGUUCCAUUACGGUGCUGCCGACCAAGACAACGAGGGCGGCAAGGAGGUUCGCGCCCGCAGCGCAAAUGAGCUCACCGAGUGCACCUGGGACUUCAUCUCGAAGCAGCCCAUCUUCAAGACCGGCUCCGUUCGCAUCAGCAAGGUCGAGGGCGGGGUCCAAAUUCACGCCAAGUCGGGACAGUGGAAAGCGCAGGAGGAUCGCGCGAAAAGCUUCAAGGAGCAGAACACGAAUGACCACAAGAUUGAGGAACACCACCGUCACCUCGAGGACAUCCUCGGCGAGUACGACCUCUUCUCGAAGGUUGUGCUCGACAAGAUGUGGGAGCUCUCCGACAAGCAUGCAGACGAGAAGGAGAUCUCGAUCGGCUUCAAGCUCCACCACAAGCUCUGCAAAGAGAACGCCGACAAGCUCGCUGAGUUCGUCAAGAAGUACGGCGAGGACGACUCGGAGGCCAAGACCGAUGUCGAAGCCGUCAGCAAGGCGCUCUUCCGUGAGCACCGGGGUUCAAAGACCUACCAACGCUUGAUGGAUCUCAACGGCUUCCAGGUGCUCGUGUCAACGCUACUCGGCUGGCUGUCCGCCAUCAACCCCUCCGCGCAGGCGUUGCACGACGCCGACUUCGCGAGCGCCGUACAGGAAGUGACCGCCUCGUUCGCCAUGGCGCGCACUUGGGCAGAGGAUCACAUCAAGGUCGCAGCGCCGCAGACGCUCAUCGUCCCGGUGGCGUGCUAG